AACCAUCAUGGAGCUCCCCGACUUGGGCAAACAGUGCGGCGUUGAGUCUUGCCGGCAGCUUGACUUCCUGCCUAUCGUCUGUGGGGCUUGUGGGGGCGUCUUCUGCAAGGAACACAGCCUGCCCUUCUACCACCAGUGUGUGAGCGAGGCGGAGGAGGAGAAGACGAGAGAGGAAGGUGAUGAUAGGAAGAUCACGCGCCACCCCUGCCAGUUUCCGAAGUGUGACGGGGGCGAGCUUACACCUGUUCUCUGCCCUGCCUGUGGCCUGAAUUUCUGCCUGGCUCACCGACACCAGCCAGACCACCAGUGCCCCCACCAACCCCAGCAGGGCCCCAGCGAGCAGGAGAAGGCAGCAGCAGAGAAGAUUAAGCAGAUAGCGGACAGAAUGGAUGGAGGAGGAGGAGGAGAGAGGAGAGGGAAAGGGAAGAAAUCGGAGCAACUUUCCGCUAAGGUCCAGCUCAUGAAGUUGAAGCAGAAGUCGGAGGGAGAGAAAGGAAUCCCAUCGGAGGAAAGAAUCUACCUCCUUGUCUCCCUUCCCCCCUCCUCCUCCUCCUCCUCCUCCUCUCUGGCUGUCUUCGUCUCCCGCGCCUGGUCUAUCGGAAGGGCUAUUGACUCUAUUGCUUCUAUUGCGAAGCUCAAGAACCAGAACAACAUCACCAGUGCCCCAAAACUCCGCCUCUUCCACCCAACCACCAAAGAGUUACUGGGCCCACCGGAGCAGCUGCUGGGCGACCUCAUAGCAACUCAAGUCUUGUUCAACGGGCAGAGUGUGUUGAUGGGGUGUGUGGCGGAGGGGUUGACGAGCUUGUGAGGGAACGGAAAGGGAGGGGAAAAGAUUGUAUGGGGAAAGGAGAAGAUAUUGAUGGUUGAAGAUGGAAAGAAAGAAGUGUUUGUAGGGAUGAAAAUAGAAAAAAAGAAUGGUUUAACAGGAGGGAAAGAAGGGAGCUUAUGAGAGAAGGGAGGGAAGGAGGGAGCUUAUGAGGGAGGGGAGGGAAGAAGGGAGGGAAGGUAGAGGAUGAUGGGUUAAAGAAAGGAAAGAAUUGUACAGAGAGAGAGAAAGAGAAGGACACAGAAGGAAAAUAAAUAAAGAAAGGAAGGAAAAUUUAAAGGAUAGAAGAGGAAGGGAAGGAAAAGGAGAAGAAAUAUAUUUGUUUUUUGAGUUUGUUGUUGAUGUAAGAAAUAAAAAUUGUGAAAAUGAGGUUUGUAAAAAUAAAAAUAAAAUAAAAUGAAAAAUAUGUUAGAUUAUUAUUAUUAUUAUUAUUAUUAUUAUUAUUAUUAUUAUUAUUAUUAUUCAGUUUGAUAAAUAAAGGUUGAAAAAUUG